UGUAGACACGCGCGUACACACCCUUCAGACACCGGGCAAUCCAAUUUCGAGGUUCGAGUCAUUGACUUUUCCGUUGCUCCCAGAAUCAAUCGCCAUCUUCAAAAUACCAAUCUUCUCUUGCAAUCUCAGUAGAUUUCUCUUUGUUGGAGACUUCAUAGUCAAGCGCUGUUUUCAUCAUCUGCUUUUGCAAAAGCAGUAUAUGAAGUGGAUUAGGUAGACCAAACUCAUAAAGCUGCUGAAAUUUCGAAGCAGCAGAUUUGGUGGAUUAGAAGGAUAUACUUUCGCCAUCUGGACGUAAAAUAAGCUGAUAUUUGUUGUUGUGGUUUGGUAGUUUAAGAAAAGAAGCUUUAUGGGGAGUUAUAUGGAGGAGUUUACGGAGGUAAAGGCGAAGAAUUCGUCGGAGGAGGCGUUGCAACGGUGGAGGAAGGCGUGUUGGCUGGUCAAAAAUCGUAAACGAAGGUUCAGAUUUACUGCUAAUCUCUCCAAGCGUUUCGAAGUUCGCGAGAUCCAAAGAUCUAAUCAGGAGAAGCUCAGAAUUGCAGUAUUAGUUUCAAAAGCUGCUCUCAGUUUUAUUCAAGGUAUUAGUUACACUGUACCUGAGGCAGUCAAGGGUGCAGGUUUUGAAAUAUGUGCAGAUGAGUUAGGAUCCAUUAUUGAAGGCCACAAUUUGAGUAAGCUAAAAGUUCAUGAUGGCGUUGAGGGUAUUGCAGACAAGCUCUCCACUUCACUUAAUAAAGGAAUUAGUGUUUCCGAGGAUUUGCUGAACAAAAGAAGAGAGAUUUUUGGAAUCAAUAAGUUUGCUGAGAGUCCAGCCAAGGGUUUUUGGCUUUUUGUGUGGGAAGCUCUUCAAGAUACAACCCUCAUGAUACUUGCAGUGUGUGCCCUUGUGUCGUUGAUCGUUGGCAUUGCAACAGAAGGAUGGCCAAAGGGCGCCCAUGAUGGACUCGGGAUUGUUGCAAGUAUCUUUCUUGUAGUAUUUGUCACUGCCACAAGUGACUAUAAACAGUCCUUACAGUUCAAGGAUUUAGACAAGGAGAAGAAAAAGAUUACAGUUCAGGUUACUAGAAAUGGGUACAGGCAAAAGAUUUCAAUAUUUGAUCUACUUCCUGGGGACAUUGUUCAUCUUGCUAUUGGGGAUCAGGUCCCCACUGAUGGACUCUUUGUCUCGGGUUAUUCUUUGUUAGUAAAUGAAUCGAGUUUAUCUGGAGAGAGCGAACCAGUUAAUGUAACUGCUGAAAAUCCUUUUCUCUCAUCUGGAACUAAAGUGCAGGAUGGAUCAUGCAAAAUGCUUGUUACUACUGUUGGGAUGAGAACCCAAUGGGGUAAAUUGAUGGCUACACUUAGUGAAGGAGGUGAUGAUGAGACCCCAUUGCAGGUUAAACUGAAUGGAGUGGCAACAAUAAUUGGAAAAAUUGGUCUCUUUUUUGCUGUUGUCACCUUUGCUGUUUUGGUGCAAGGGUUGAUUAACCGCAAAAUGAUAGAAAGGUCCCACUGGAGCUGGUCUGGCGAUGAUGCCCUGGAAAUGCUGGAAUACUUUGCUAUUGCAGUUACAAUUGUUGUGGUUGCUGUUCCUGAGGGUUUGCCUUUAGCUGUUACACUAAGUCUUGCAUUUGCCAUGAAGAAGAUGAUGAAUGACAAGGCCCUUGUCCGACAUUUGGCUGCUUGUGAGACUAUGGGAUCUGCCACAACUAUUUGUAGUGACAAGACUGGGACACUAACAACUAAUCACAUGACUGUUGUAAAAGCAUGCAUUUGUGGGAAAGUGAAAGAAGUUAGUAACUCUGUGACGAGUUCUGUAUUCUGCUCUGAUUUUUCUGAUUCCGUUGUGAGAAUGCUGACGAAAUCUAUAUUCACCAACACUGGGGGAGAGAUAGUCACUAGUAAGGAUGAGAAGAUUGAAAUUCUUGGUACACCAACUGAGGCUGCACUUUUAGAUUUUGGCCUAUUCCUGGGAGGAGAUUUCCAUGCCGAGCGACAAGCAUCAAAGCUUGUCAAAGUUGAGCCAUUUAAUUCUGUGAAGAAGCGCAUGGGUGUAGUUCUGUGGCGUCCUGAAGGAGGUUUUCAGGCUCAUUGUAAAGGUGCAUCUGAAAUUAUUCUGUCUGCAUGUAACAAGGUUCUGGACUCAAAUGGUGAGGUAACUCCUCUAGAUGAAACAUCCAUUAAUAUACUGGAAGAUACAAUUGAACAAUUUGCAAGUGAAGCUCUGCGAACUCUGUGCCUUGCUUACAAGGAUAUUGGAACUGAUUUUUCUGCUGAAAAUCCUAUUCCAUUUGAGGGUUAUACCUUGAUUGGAAUCGUGGGUAUUAAAGAUCCAGUUCGUCCUGGAGUUAAGGAGUCUGUUGCAAUUUGUAGGUCAGCUGGUAUUACAGUGCGGAUGGUUACCGGAGAUAACAUAAACACGGCUAAGGCAAUAGCUAGAGAAUGUGGAAUAUUGACUGACGAUGGUAUUACAAUUGAAGGCCCAGAAUUUCGUGUGAAGAGUGAAGAAGAGUUGCAUGAACUCAUCCCGAAAAUACAGGUAAUGGCUCGUUCUUCACCUAUGGAUAAGCAUACCCUUGUGAAACAGUUACGAUCAACUUUUGAAGAGGUGGUUGCAGUGACCGGUGAUGGCACAAAUGAUGCUCCUGCACUUCAUGAGGCAGACAUUGGGCUUGCAAUGGGCAUUUCUGGAACCGAGGUGGCCAAAGAAAGUGCUGAUGUUAUAAUUCUAGAUGAUAAUUUCUCUACCAUUGUUACCGUGGCAAAAUGGGGGCGCUCAGUUUACGUGAAUAUUCAGAAAUUUGUUCAGUUUCAGCUGACAGUUAAUGUGGUUGCUCUUAUUGUCAACUUCUCUUCAGCCUGCUUGACAGGCAGUGCUCCACUUACGGCGGUUCAGCUUCUAUGGGUCAACAUGAUCAUGGAUACUCUUGGUGCCCUUGCCCUGGCCACUGAACCUCCAAAUGAUGACUUGAUGAAGAGAUCACCAGUUGGAAGGAAAGGAAACUUUAUCAGCAAUGCAAUGUGGAGGAACAUCUUGGCGCAAUCUGUUUAUCAAUUUGUUGUCAUAUGGUAUCUUCAAACAUCAGGAAAAACAGUCUUCAACCUUGAUGGCCCUGAUUCUGAUUUGAUUCUGAACACCCUAAUUUUCAACUCAUUCGUCUUCUGUCAGGUUUUUAAUGAGAUAAGCUCGAGGGAUAUGGAGAAGAUAAAUGUGUUCAAAGGCAUACUGGAGAACAUUAUAUUUGUGGUUGUCCUGAGUUUCACAGCUCUAUUCCAGAUCAUUAUUAUCGAAUUCCUUGGUACGUUUGCCAAUACGCACCCUCUCACUUGGCAGCAAUGGGCUGUGAGCGUUCUGCUCGGAUUUCUUGGCAUGCCAGUUGCUGCUGCUGUGAAGAUGAUCCCAGUGGGAUCAAGAUGAAAUCAUAUGGGCAAUAAGUUAUUUUCUAACUAUAUGUGUUCUAAGAAUCACAUUGGAUCCAGCAGGAGGAUACGUGUUUCCCACAUCUUCGAACUUUACAGCCAUAGAAUUGGAGACCUAUAAUGAAACAACUGCUGGAGAAGGUUGGCAAUUUGUAUGCAUGUUGUAGACUUUAAGGAUAUUUUGGUUUGAAGUGUGUGGACUCGACAGACUAGAAAUUUCGUCUUACCUUGUGAAGGAAUCAGGACUGUUACUGUGUCCUGUAAUUUUUUGGUAUUGUUCAAUGAUACUAAGCCCCCGUUUGGCCCCCAUUAAUUUUGACUAUAAUGGAAAAUUUUCGAUUUACGUGUAAUAUUAUUUUAUUAAAGAUUGUGGUGAAAAUAGGAAAGAAAUUUAAUGAAUACCAAGCGGGGGCUAAUUACUGUCUUCAUUCAUUCA